AUGUCGAAACAUAACUUGAUGUUUCAUCCUAUCAUCAGCUCAAUACAGAGGAUUGCACUUUACGAAACUAAAGCUAGAUUUUAUCUAAUUGGAUCAAAUAACACUCAAACCAGGUUUCGGGUACUUAAAAUAGACAGAACUGACCCAAAAGAGUUAAUUCUAGUCGAUGACAAAGUAGAGUACAAUAAGCAGGAGAUCCAUCAACUGCUGAACAUGAUUGGCUUUGGGAACCGAAGUGGCAGGAAUGCAGGGUUCAAUAAGCUGGUGUCUGCAUUUGGUAUUGUGGGUUUUAUCAGAUUCCUAGAAGGCUAUUACAUUAUUUUGGUCACAAAACGAAGAAAAAUCGCUGUUGUCGGCUCCCAUUCCAUUUACAAAAUAGAGGAUACGUCUAUGAUCUACAUUCCAAGUGACGUAAGCAAGCCACAGCAUCCGGACGAGCAGAGAUAUCUGAAAAUGUUUCUGGCUGUGGAUUUGUCUACAAACUUCUACUACAGUUAUAGUUAUGAUAUCACACACACUUUACAAAUGAACAUGGCUCCACCGAGACAACUUGCACCGGUGCUGUUCCCUAAGCCAGUGACGGCAGCAGUGUAUGAAUCUUUGCAAUCUACUGGUGACACUCAAAAGCAAUGCAUUUGUGAGAUGAAAGAAGAUGAUGAAGACAUUUUUGAGACUUGGAAGAGGCAAUUGCAGCAAAGGAAAGAAAAAACUGGGCAGUCAGCUCAAAAACUAGACAUAGGAAUGCGGACUGUACCUGAAUGGCGUUUUGUAUGGAACAGUCACUUGUUAUCAGCGGUGCACUCACAUCUCCACCCAGACUGGAUCCUAUACAUUGUCCAUGGAUUCGUAGAGCAGAGCAACCUUAACAUAUUUGGCAGACCGGUUUAUUUAACGCUUAUUGCCAGAAGAAGUAACAGAUAUGCAGGUACUAGGUUUUUGAAAAGAGGAGCUAAUAUGCAUGGAGAUGUAGCCAAUGAGGUUGAAACUGAGCAGAUAGUCCAUGACUCAAUGGUGUCUUCUUUCAAAUCUGGCAGAUUCAGUUCUUUUGUUCAGAUGAGAGGAUCAAUACCCAGCUACUGGUCACAAGAUGUGUCAAAAAUGGUGCCUAAACCAGCAAUUUCGAUAGACCUCAGCGAUCCAUUUGCAGAAAUUCCUGGAAAACACUUGAACAACCUGAUGCGACGUUAUGGGUCGCCGAUAAUGUUUGUCAACUUAGUAAAGAAAAGGGAAAAGAAGAAACAUGAGUCACUGCUCAGUGAUGUGAUAAGCAAUGCCAUAAAGUAUUUGAACCAGUUCCUUCCACCUGAACAUGCAGUACAGUACAUUCAUUUGGAUAUGGCCAGGAUGAAUAAAGGUGCUGAUGCUAUGGUUUUGGACAAGUUAACAGCAAUAGCCAAGAACGUGGUCCGUCGCACGGGCAUGUUUCUGAGCACCGGCGCGUGCUGCGACACCGGCGGCGCCGCGGGCCACCAGGCCGGCCGCCUGCAGACGGGCCUGGCGCGGGUCAACUGCGUCGACUGUCUGGACAGGACCAAUACCGCUCAGUUCGCUAUUGGCAAGUGCGUGCUGGCUCACCAGUUACACGCCCUGGGAUUCAUCGGCGAGCCAGUAAUAGAGUUCGAUUCGGACUGCGUGAGGCUACUAGAGGGUCUUUAUGAAGACCACGGAGAUACGUUGGCGCUACAGUACGGUGGUUCACAGUUGGUGCACAGAAUAAAAACGUACCGCAAAACUGCUCCCUGGGCGUCCCACGGCAACGAUAUAAUGCAGACUCUGAGCCGGUACUAUUCCAACACGUUCUCGGAUGCAGAGAAGCAAAACAGCAUGAACUUGUUCUUAGGCCUGUUUGUGCCUGACCCGCUCCAGCCGCCCAUAUGGGACUACCAGAGCGAUUAUUAUCUACACCACCCGGAGGCUAUGGUGUAUAUUCCUAACUACAGAUCUCUCACCAAAUGGUGGGACGACGACGUGCUACGCCAUCUGCCGGUGGCGCGCAACGAGAUGCGCAAACUGUGCUGCGAGAUCAUCGGCGUGCAGCGCGAGCACAGCGCCGCGCUCGAGAUGGUGGACGCCUACAGCGACCAGCACCGCCCCUUCGAGUACACCGUGUUCGCGGAGUGCUUCGAGUUCAAGAUGUGCCACACUCUCAGGGACUUAGCGCCAACUUUCACUGAAAACUUUAGCCCGUUUGUGGUGCGAGGGCGAGCGCUGGGCCAGAACAAGGGACCCACGUCCAAGAAUCCUGUAAUCAGUGGUCGGUCUAGCACAACGUCUAAUAAUUCAAGCGACUCCAACAGCGACUCGUCAACGGACGACGACUUAACUAACUCGUUUCCGAGUCGCCAAGUGACGCCUUCGCCGCUUACCAUGGUGGCACGUUUAUUGGCAUCAGAGGUACAGGACGAUACGCCGCCCUUCCCAGCUAUCAAGCGCGCGAAUAGGAUCUUACUGAAAGAGCCUUCCAAACGGGACAUGAUCAUAUACAAACGCUACGUGAACUUCGAAAAGCGCUCCAACCCCAAAUACAAGUCUGACAUCCACGUGGUGAUGACUGUGAGUAGCGCUUUCACCAUAGACAGCUCGGUGGACAUGAUCCCGCCGACCGUGUCCCGAGCCUCCAAGCAGGUGUACCAAGACUACGUGCGGAGGACCACGGGACACACCACGCUAUCGCCGUCUUCCCUAGCCGCCUACAAGAAAUAUGUUAAUUUCGCACUGAAUUAAUUUGCUUAUACUUUGUAAAAUCAAAUUCGAUCUCUAUAAUGUUACCCCCUUACUAAUAA